GUCCAUCCUAAUCAAAUAUUUCUGGAGUCUUUUUUUCAUGAUUAAAGCACAUACCAUCGAUUGCUUCAAAUGUAUAUCUAUAAACCAUGAUUAUAAGCCAUGCGAAGACCCGUUUCAUAAUAAUUAUACAUCCGAUAUGUUGCAUUCGCCCUGUAUGGGAGGAAGGAAAGGUAGAGAUGGAGUGUUUCCUGCAACAUCAUGUAUAAAAUUGAGUGGAAUUUUUGAGGAUUCAGAAGACACCAUCCUAGUGAGAGGGUGUGCAUUAGAUAGUGGAACUUUAACAACUGAUACUGAAUUAGUUAGAAUGUCUCAUUGUGGAGCCUUCCGUUAUGAUAACAGGUAUGUUCGUGGAUGUGUACAAAGCUGUAACGACGCAGACGCUUGUAAUAGAGCUAUGGAUUCGAAGCAUAUCGCAAUUUUGAGUUCAAUGCCAGCUAUUAUUAUUUCAAUGAUUAUUUUUGUUUCACUCUAGGAUUAUGAAGAUGAAUCAUAAACACACAGUUUACACCCUUUCGGUGUAUACUGUGUGUUAUUAUUCGAACAAAUUCAAGCACAUAUUAUUAUAGUUAGC